GUUAUGGAGAAGGACCUUGAGAAGACCGGCAGCAGCGGCAGCCCUGCCGCCCCCGCAUACGAUGCUGGCUACACUGAGGAAACCAAGACGGGUACCCGCUUCAGUCGUUUCGCCGACAGCUUCAAGAAGAAUCCCAAUGCACGCAUGGUCACCGAGGCCACUGACGAGGAGGGGAAACCCCUCCCCGACCAGCCGCCCGCGGAGCCUGCGCUCUCGAUGGCCCUGAAGGACCGACAUUUGCAGAUGAUUGCCAUUGGUGGCUCUAUUGCAGGCACGGGACUGUUCGUUGGUUCUGGCUCCGCUCUGCAGGCAGGUGGGCCAGCCUCAUUGGUGCUUGCGUACGGCCUCAUUGGAAUAAUGUUGUACUGCACUGUUCACGCGCUUGGUGAGCUUGCCGUGGCGUUCCCGGUUGCCGGCUCGUUCGCAAUAUAUGCCAGUCGCUUCAUUGACCCCGCUUGGGGAUUUGCUAUGGCCUGGAAUUAUGCUCUUUCCUGGCUGGUCACCCUACCUCUCGAAAUUGUAGCUGCUUCCAUCACCGUCUCAUACUGGCCUGGUGCCGCAGGCGUCAAUGGAGCUGCUUGGGUCACCAUCUUCCUCGUCGUCAUCAUUUCUAUCAAUCUUUUCGGUGUAAGAGGAUAUGGUGAAGCCGAAUUCGUCUUCUCCAUUAUCAAGGUGACUGCCGUGAUUGGCUUUAUCAUCCUCGGUAUCAUCAUCGACUGCGGUGGUGUUUCUGGCCAGCCGUAUAUGGGAGCCCAAUAUUGGUACAAUCCCGGCGCUUUCCACAACGGAUUUAAGGGCCUCUGCUCCGUGUUCGUCACGGCUGCCUUCUCUUUUGCUGGUACUGAGCUGGUUGGUCUGUGUGCUGCUGAAACCGAAAACCCACGCAAGACGCUCCCCACCGCAGUGAAGCAGGUCUUCUGGCGUAUUUGCCUCUUCUACAUGGUCUCCCUCACCAUCGUCGGCUGCCUCGUUCCAUACAACGACCCGCAUCUGAUCGGUUCCUCUUCAUCUGACGCCAAUGCAUCACCCUUCGUCAUCGCCGUUAAAAGAGCCGGCAUCAAAGUCGUACCCUCCAUCAUGAACGUAGUCAUCCUGAUUGCAGUUCUCUCCGUCGGCAAUUCCUCUAUCUACGGUUCCUCGCGUACCCUCGCGGCUCUCGCCGACCGCGGGCAAGCUCCUAAGUUCCUUGGCUACAUCGAUCGCUCCGGGCGCCCUCUCAUGGCUAUUCUGUUUUCUUCAGCGUUCGGCUUUAUCUGCUACAUCGUCGCCGCAGGCACUGACACCCGCACGCAAGCGUUCAACUGGAUGCUGGCCAUCUCUGGUCUUGCUGCCGUUUUCAACUGGGCGUCCAUAUGUCUCUGCCACAUCCGCUUCCGCGCUGCGUGGAAGUACCACGGACACACCCUCGACGAGCUCGCGUUCAAAUCCCAAGCCACGGUGUGGGGCUCGUGGGUGGGGUUUAUCUUCAACAUCAUCAUCCUCAUCGCGCAGUUCUGGACUGGAUUUGCGCCAGUUGGGUACGCUGAUAUGACAGCGGGAGAGCGCGUCGAGAACUUCUUCAUGGCGUAUCUCGCGUUUCCAAUUGUGGUGCUCAUGUACAUCGUCUACAAGCUCAUCUUCAGGACGAAGUUCAAGAGUGUAAAGGAUAUGGAUAUUACAUCUGGUAGACGGGAGUUGGAUCUUGCGGCUAUUCUGGCGGAGGAGAGGGCGAUCCAAGCCCAGUGGCCUAGGUGGAAGAAGAUCUAUAAGACUGUGUGUUAAGGGAUUGUCGUCUUACUACAAAGGAGUUUUGGGUGGUAAGAAGAAUUGUGGGCAUUGUAUAUAUGAGUUAUGCAUCUCGGGUAGGGAAGAUGUACGAUAUCUAGGACAUGAUACCAGUCUUUACUAUUGUUAAUUAUCGUCUUCGAC